CCGAACCGGGCCGAACGCUCCGAUCGCGCCCGAAGGCGGGUGGGCGGGGCGAGUGGCCGCGCGCGGGCUGCCGGGACGUCGGAGGACCGGCGGGCGGGGGUGUUAAGAUGGCGGUGCCGAGCCGAGGUGAGCCGUGUCGCGAUAGCAACACGAUAGCGACACGACAGUCCUUUCCGGGGCACCGGGGGGAUGUCUCCCACCGUGCUAGAGGUGACGUCUCGCGGGGGGACACGACUAGAGCGAGGCGGGGCCGAGGUCGAGCCCGGCCCCGUUGGCAUAUCGCGACAACCCCGAGAAGCUGAGGCAAAUCCCGGUGGCGCCGUGAGCAGGGACUUGGCGCAUGUGCGGAUUGAGGAGAACCUUAACCCCGGGAAAUCCGGAUCUUUGCUUCUAUUUAGGAACUGCUGGAAUGAAGAGGGGAAAAAAAAUCGUCCUUAGUGUGGUCAAAAUCAUUGAUUUCCAAGUCUUUCACAGAGGUCAAAGUUUUCUUCCAUAACGGUGAAUUUCUGUCUUGGGAAGAACAUCAGAGAUUGUAUCCUUUCUGUACCACUGCUCCCACCAUGCAAGAAUCCUGGAGAAGACUACCUCAAGUGGAUUGCUGUCUUUUGCCCAGUAACUCUGCACAGUGCUGGGUUUGCACUCCUGAAUGUUCCAUCAGUGUCAUCCCCAGGAAGCACAGCUGGGACCUCCUGGCUUCCAAGGGAAGAUGUUUUGUGUGGGUUUAGCUGAGAUUUGCCCCUGAUGGGCUCCUGCAGAAACCCCUUUAGCCCCUCCGCAGUCAUGACUUAACCCAUUUUUUUAGGAAAGGAGGUUAAAAAUUGUAUUUAUGGACUGGUGUACACACCCCGUGCAUCACAGCUCACAGACAGCUGACACAGCUGACAAGGGGUAGUAAAAGCAGCUCUCAGUAGCAACUUCCUCCUCUCUUAUGAUCCUGCUUUAUGUAAAUGGGAUUUAUUACAUCUUCUACUUCCUGGCGACUCUUGCAAUGAUUAUUUACAAAAGUCAAGUUUUCAGUUAUCCAGAUGAUCUUUUGGCUCCUGAUCUUGCCGUGCUUUUCCUUAUGGCCAUUCUGGAAGUGCCUCGAUUGUACUUGGGUUUCAAGGGUAACCUGACAGAAGCGGAGGCGCCGCUGGGGCUGAGCCUGGGGCUCACGGUGGGCAGCGUGGUGCUGUGUGUGUACCUGCUGCUGUGGCAGACCUACGUGCUGUGGGCAGAUGUGCUCCUCAAUGCGCUGCUGCUCUCGGCCUAUGGACUCGAGUCGGGGCUCAAGGUCAUGGCCAUCGCUGCCUUUGUCAGCUGAGCCCGGCCCCUUCCCACAUGCCUGCCACACAUUCCUUCUCUGAAAGAGUGGGGCUUUAUUUCCACUAUGGAAUUCCUUUGUAUGUAAAUACCCUGUAAAGCUUCUCUCUGUUUAAAUUAGAAGUUUUGGGGACAUAGAUAUCCUGCCCAGGAGCUGUGUGAUGCUGUCCACCAUUGGCUUAUUUAUGGGCAAAGGCAAGGGAUGAAUUGCAAAACACUUAACACUCUGGCAUUCAGCAGGGAUCAGUACUAAAUAUCCAUUCCCAGCACAGGAUAGGAGCCAGUGCUGCUGGCAUGGUGGGAGUUUUCAUGGCACAGCAGCAACAUGCAGCCCAAAUGACACAGAAAUGAAUCAGGCCAGGGCUCACUUGUGCUUUGCCACGCACACGUCCGUGUUUGAGGGCAUGGCUGCUCUGCUGCUCUCAUUUGUGUUUCCAGACCUCAGUGGUAAUUUCCCUGACUUUAGUAGGGCAGAAGCUGAUGUAUCCCAGUGGGGGAGAGUAGAACUGGGUUUUGUGCAUACCUGGAGAGCCAAGCUACAAGGUUUGGCAGCCAGUUUUUACACAUUAUUUGAGGGGAUGUUUGGUUAAACAGGAUGGUUUUAAAAUGAACAAAACCAUUCACCAUUCAUUCUCCCUUCUGUCCUGUUUAAAAGUCCAACAGAAUGUUAGCAGCUUUAUUUCUAUUUGGUGUUAAAUGUGCUUAUUUCUACUAUUUUUCAAAAAUUAGUACAUUCAAGCCUUUUCUAACUGGUGCAAGUGCAGAGUUUUUUACUGUCUCAAAAAUAUGUUGUAAUGGAAAGCUUUGGGCGUUCCUGGGUUUUUGAAGAAGCCUAUUUUCUAUUCGGAAUUUACUAUUUUUAUAUUUAUUUAUUCAUUCAAAUAAAUGAUGUUUUGGAUCUAA